CAGGUCACGUGAAAUAGAUGUAUCUCGAUUUUUAAUUAGAAUGCUAGAAAUGGUUGUUUUGUCCGUAUACCCGAGGACAUGACCGGGGUUAUCCCAGUGAUGCUCACUGAGACGGUUGUGACCCUGAUAGACUGGGAGUUUGGUUGCGCGACGAUCUAUUCCUGGCAAUUUGCCAGCACCUCCUCGCCAAAUCUUCAAUGGCCUCCUCUAGCAAAGGUUAGAUGGCAAUUCCCAAUCUUUACCACUGCUGGUUAUCAACGUACCCGUGACUGGCUCAUCCUCGUCCGAGCGACAAGUAUGGCAGUGCCCCAUGCUGAUCGGCGACUUGUGAAAGAUGAGAUUGUCGCAACCGGGGCUCGGGCUCCAGCAAAACUGCUUGACAUGGAACACUACAGCGGUGGGAAAACCAGGGUGCCGGUCCAAAAGGCCGCGACAGCGGUGGAUCCGAACCAUGUGGAGUCCAUGGCAGGAUGUGCAGUUGACUUGGCCCAACACGCACAUCUUUUUCUCUCUCUCAAUGCUUUAAUUUUAGACGGCCUUGAUGUUAGACGAGAACAUGAUUUGGCCGAGAUGCGGAUCCUCCGGGGAAGACAAUCCGGUCGUGCUUUUGAAAGGCUCUGUUUGCUUGUAUGUUGCACGACAUGCCUCGUGUCUCAACUCUUGAGUUCCCCAUUGCCCAGCAAAACGAAUGGUUGAGGAACAACGACGCCAGAAGAUUGCCGACUAGAGCACAGACGGGUGCUGAGUCUCUGUGAAACAGAUUUCUAGCCGUUAUCUUUUAGUGGUGCCACUGUCUGUUUUACGGCCGUUUUCUUGUCGUGUUCUCGCCGAUGCAACCUCGGCACGGCACUCCCAGUGGCGUGACAUUUUGUACGGGCUCCGACCAACCUUGAGAUAGAAUGCUGACGCCGAGAGAACAUGCCAGGGAGCCUUGUUUGGC